AUGUUGACAAUACGCCAAGCUUCAUUGAAACUGUUUAGACCUGCAGUAAUGGUAAGGACGUUGCGUACGUCGUCGAUGUUAUAUCAGCAGAAAAAAGAAGUUACAAAAGAAGUGGAGACAGCAAGGAAGCUUGCUGACGUUAAUGGGCCCGAGACACUUGUUGGGCCAGGUGCUAAGGAAGGUACAGUCCCCACAGAUCUAGACCAAGCUACGGGGCUGGAAAGAUUGGAAUUAUUGGGUAAGCUGGAAGGUAUUGAUAUUUUCGACACAAAGCCUUUGGAUUCCUCGAGGAAAGGUACGAUGAAGGAUCCCAUUCUUGUCGACUCCUACGAUGACUAUCGUUACGUCGGUUGCACGGGGUCUCCAGCGGGUUCGCAUACGGUGAUGUGGCUGAAACCAACAGUUAACCAAGUAGCAAGAUGUUGGGAAUGCGGUUCUGUAUAUAAAUUGAACCCUGUGGGAGUAGAUUUAGGAGAAGAUGAGCAUCACCAUUGA